GCUGUUGUUACCGUUAUGGCUCGAACAAAGCAGACCGCUAGGAAGUCUACCGGUGGAAAGGCUCCUCGUAAACAGCUUGCUACAAAGGCUGCCCGCAAAAGUGCUCCGGCUACUGGAGGUGUCAAGAAGCCUCAUCGUUACCGGCCUGGCACUGUUGCUCUUCGAGAAAUCCGUCGAUAUCAGAAGUCCACCGAAUUACUUAUUCGCAAGCUUCCUUUCCAGCGACUUGUUCGAGAGAUCGCACAGGAUUUCAAGACGGAUCUUCGUUUCCAGAGUUCUGCAGUCAUGGCUUUGCAGGAGGCAAGCGAGGCUUAUCUUGUAGGCCUCUUUGAAGAUACCAACCUCUGUGCUAUUCACGCUAAGAGAGUAACUAUCAUGCCCAAAGAUAUUCAGCUAGCAAGGCGCAUUCGAGGAGAACGAGCUUAACCUAUACACGACCAGUGAACACAAAGGCUCUUUUAAGAGCCGCACUUUUUCUACAAAGGGUCUUUUCGUCUUCUCUCCAAGAAACUUUCACUUUCGUAGGCUUUUCAAAAAUAGUUUUCGUUAGCAGAUCACUGCAACCUUUGGCGACUCUCUUUCUUCUUUGGUCUCUAUUCCAUGCUUGGCCGCUUAUCUACACACACCUGGACAUCCGACACCCUCGAUUGCUGUAACACCAGAUGUUUACAUCCCUAGACUAACGCUUUCCGAUGUACGCAUGUGCACUAGCUCUAUUGCCUUGUAUGACGCAAGACACCUCGCCUCUUAGCAGUCUAGUCUUGGCGACUAUAGUGAUAACAGCUUUGAGUCCGUGCUUGUACCAUCCAUCCUUGAGCUCUUGUGUCUUUUAAUAGGGUAUCUGUCUGGGCGUUGCAGCUGCUGCAUGUGUCCCAAAGGGAGCAUUAUUACUUAACAGCUACUGCAGCAUUGACAUCUCUUGUGCUAAGCCCGAUCCUUUUGUUUUUUUAGAAGCUGCACAAUACUGAAGGAUUUGUAUGGGAAAAAUACCUUGCUCUAGAUAGGGGGGGUUCAAGGACUACUUGCAAAGGCUUACACAGUUAGUAGUGAAGCCAACUAAACCAGAACACAUUUACUUAUCGAGAUGGCUGUGGCAAAAGCUGGAGCGCUUGUCACUUUUUUGGCUGUUACAAAAAUGGCAACCCUUGUGUCGCCAAGUCUGCACAAGCACUUAACUGUCAUCAUAACGAAACUCUUCCUCCAACGGCAUCGCUGCAGAAACACUUCCCCUACGACCUUCUCAUCGGCAUAUUAUUUUCUGCACAGUCACUUAGAUGCCGACAUGAAGCAUUUCCCUCGAAGACCUCUUCAGUAGUAUAUUCGUCUCUGACCCGAAAUGAAACGUUUCUCCGCCGACCCCAGCAGUAGUUUGACACGACUGCACGAGCGCUUCCCCUGACAUGAGGAUCGAACACUACCACUUCAGCAAUUUAAGUCUGCACAGGCAAGAGCUGGUAUAUACACAUACUCCGUGUAAA